UACAAUUGUUGGGGGAGGGGACAGACUGGGGAAUUUCUCAGAGAAUUAACAGGAAAGAGCAAAUUCACCACAUUUCUCCAGUGUUUUUGGUGGAACUGAAAUGUGAAAAUACACGUGACAAACUGAGGCAGAAGAGGAAGAGAAACAGCCCCAAUGUGACACAAGCACAAGAGAGGAGGAUAUAAUAUAUAACAAAGGUGUCUGUUACACUUACACCUCUAGUUUAGCAGAUCUUUUUAGUGAUCUGCUUGUUUUGUACAAUAAAGUUUAUUUUAGAAAAAAAGUCCCUGGCAGGCUGCAUCCCGGAAGUGCUGAGCUGUUGCAUGCCCUCACUGGCUUCACUACACCCGGAAGAGACGUGGCGCGCCUGUGGUGCAGCGCGUCGCAGCUCAGUGAUUGGCUGACGAGACUUGAGGCAAACAGGCUGUUUCUCCGUGACUCGGAGAGAAUGUGCAGGAGUUACCGGUUACCGUGUGCCGGUGUUUCGCUGCUGGUGGUUUUAUGUGGCGUCUUCCCUUCCUCCUUUGGCGGCAGAACGUUACCAGCCCUUAGUGAUGACAUUCCUUUCCGACUCAAGUGGCCCGGGCCGGACUUUACUCUGCCAACAGCAGGAAUCCCGUACAGAGAGGACAACUACAUCAUCAUGACCACGGCUGAUCAAGAAAAAUACAAGUGUUUGCUGCCUCUAAUGGCAAAUGGGAAUGAGCAUGAAGAACGUGAAUACAAGGGGCCCAACCCCGGGGCCCUAUUGGAGCCACUCUUCAAACUAAGCAGCUGCUCCUACAGGAUUGAAUCCUACUGGACGUAUGAGGUUUGCCAUGGGAAGUACAUCCGGCAGUACCAUGAAGAGAAAGAGGCUGGGCAGAAAUUAAAUAUCCAGGAGUAUUAUCUGGGGAAGAGUGUGAAAAAGAGGCCGUCAGAAGCAGGAGAAGAGCAGGAGAAGGAAGAGAGAAGGGAAGGCCAUAAAGACAUUAAUAGAAAAAACAUUGAAGGGCAGAUGACUCCGUACUUCCCAGUAGAGAUGAUAGAGGGGACGCGGUGCAGUCUGAAGCAGAACCAAGCGAGGAGCAGCACAGUCCUGUAUAUUUGUCACCCCGAGGCCAAACAUGAAAUCCUUUCUGUAGCUGAAAUAACUACGUGUGAAUAUGAAGUUGUCAUACUGACCCCCCUGUUGUGUAAUCACCCCAAGUACAGGUUUAGACCGUCGCCUAUAAACGAUAUAUUUUGCCAGUCAAUGGCGGGGUCUCCACUCCGACCCCAGAGCCUGGAGAAACUGGAGCACCAGCAGCAACAAAUCAAAUCUCCUUUGAAACCCAACAAGGAGCGAGUUGACGGCGUGUGCAUGAAUGAAUUGCAGGAGGAACAGCAGUCGGUGAAGGAGAAGUUCUCCAGUAUCCACAAGCCGCUCAGUGUGGGAUCUCAGCAGCAAGUCACUGUGGGAACGACUCACAUCUCCAGACUGACCGACAAGCAGCUUAUUAAAGAGUUUCUUACUGGUUCCUAUUGUUUUCAUGGGGGUGUUGGCUGGUGGAAAUAUGAAUUCUGCUAUGGAAAAUAUGUGCAUCAGUAUCACGAGGAUAAGGACUCAGGGAAAAGCACAGUUGUUGUGGGAACAUGGAAAGCUGAAGAUCACCUGCAAUGGGCUAAGAAGAACCCCGCAAGGGCUUAUAUAUCAACAGCCGACGGAGUCCAAACUGUGAAAACAGUCUCCCAUUUCUACGGUGGUGGAGAUCUCUGUGAAGUAAACGAGCAGCCAAGACAAGUGAUAGUGAAACUAAAGUGCAAACAGUCCGAGUCCCCUCACGCUGUUACUGUAUAUAUGCUUGAGCCACAGACCUGCCACUAUAUUCUCGGGGUGGAAUCUCCGGUAAUAUGUCAAAUUUUAGAUACAGCAGAUGAAAACGGACUCCUUUCAGUUCCCAACUGACGCGUGAAUGAAGUGAAAGGUUCUGCCAGGAGUAAUUAGUACAUAUGGACGACUGGGCAGUGUACAAUAGAGAACCCUGUUUAUAUGUAUGUGUGUAUAUAUUGAAUAUUACAGAAACAUUUUAAAUAAGACAAUCUGUUAGAACGUUUUUAUACGUUUGCAACGAGCCUUCUUACAGUGACGUGCGAAUAUGAAAAGAUUCUUUCCCUGUACAGUGAAACGUCCAAUGAAAAUCCGUUGUGGGAGAGGCGGGUGCAAGACUAUGCGGGCGCUGGGAUACAGAAAUAAGUUUAGGAUAAGGAGAUACUGUGUGAGUAUUUCUAGUUAGCUUUAGACUGACUGCUCUCUUUUUUUGUAUAUUUUAGAAUGUUGGAACAGGUUACGUGUAGGCGACUAUAGUGGAGCAAAGAUGUCGAUUUGCCAUUUAAAUCCCUCCUGGGACAGUUAUGCACAAGCUCUACUUGAAAGUAAAUGAGAAUAAACAGGCUGAUCUAUCCUGUAA